AUGGAGCCCCAAGCGCCCAACACGAUCGGCUCUUCCCUCGUGAUGGAAUCGUGCAUCUCAGGCCAAUCUGCACCGCAACUGAAAAACUCUUAUUCGUUGGAGAUUAACAUAAUCUCCGCUCAGGACUUGGCUCCGGUCUCCAAAUCCAUGCAACCUUAUGCGGUAUCAUGGAUUUACCCUGAUCGUAAGAACAUUACCCAAAUCGACCAAGAAGGCCAGAAAAAUCCUAAGUGGAACGAGAAAUUCAACUUCCGCCUAAAAGAUGGCAUGCCCGAGGACGCAACGAUCACUGUGGAGAUCUACACGCUCUCCUGGUUUCGUGAUGUCCUGGUGGGCAAUGUCAGUGUCCCAAUCCGCGAUCUCAUCGCGCCAUUGGCCCAAACGUCAGCCAACUCCAAUAAAAACACGCGUUUCGUCACGCUCCAAAUUCGGACCUCGUCUGGCUCCCCGCAGGGCAUACUCAACAUCGGGGUAACCCUGCGGGACGGCGCCUCCAUCAAAAGCUCGCCGCUUAACCGGGGUCUCCUAGAAGAACACGGAAACUCGCCGAUCGAUGAACAUAAAAAGGAACUAAUCUCCAAAAUCGAAAUGUGGCGAUCGAUGAGCACCGGGUCUGGCCCGCAAAUCGAGGACUUCACACUGAAGCCUGGCUCCAUCGUCAACGGCUCGAUGUGUGACAACGGCUCCGAGAUAUGCUCCGACAUCGGGCCGUCCGCCUCCGUGGUGGCGGCGGAGAUGGCCAUGAAGCUAAUGCCUCCCCCGCCACCACCGCCACGGAGGAAACGCGGCGGCGCCGGCGCGCAUAGCGACGAUUCUAGCUCGAUCCUAGGGGAUAUGACACUUGAGCAAGCCAAAGCUAGAGGGUACCAAGUCAUGACCAAAGAUAGGUGGCGGAGGAUGGCGGCGAACGACGGCGACGACUCGGAAUUGUCGGUCCGGCACACGAAACCGGGCCGCGAGGGCAGCCUAUUUUCUUGCUUCGCCGUCGGCAUCGAGUUUACGAUAGUCUGCGGCUCUAGCAAGAAUCCAAUCAACAACAAAACGAGCAGCAAGAAGAAGAAAUCCGGCGACAAAAAGUGA